AUGAAUUCAGACAAGAAUCAUGAAGACUUGGAUAUUCAAGUGCAAAGUGUUAAUAAUACAUUUGAGUUCCCCUAUCUUCCUCCGGACCUAUACAGCAAGCAAUUAUGAGAGCUUUGGCCUGGAAACAAUCGUUUUUUAUUUAAGGGGAAAUUUAUGAUAGGGCCUUCGUGUGAUAAUAUUCAUUUUUUUGGUACAUUAAUUGGUCUAAUAGCAGUUCCCUCAAGCUUUUUUUUAUUUAUUUCGAGCUAUCUAUGAGAAAAUGUCACUAUAGUAAUCCCAAUUCUAUCGAUAUACUGUUAUGCCUUCACAAUUUUCUUUUACUUUCUUACUUUGCUUACAGAGCCAGGCAUAAUUCCAAGAAAAAAAAUUUAUGAAGCAUUGGGUGGGGUUCCCAAGGUUUUUACAGCUGAUGUGAUAUUUAUGGAAAAUGGACCUUUAUAUAAGUUUUGCCAGACCUGUGAAAUUUUUCGGCCACCUAGAUCUCAUCAUUGUGCUAAGUGUGAUAACUGCGUGGAGCUAUUUGACCACCAUUGUCCUUAUCUAAACAAUUGCAUUGGUGCAAGAAAUUAUAUUUAUUUCGUUAUUUUCGUUACGCAUUUGGUGCUUUUAGGUCUAGUAGAUCUUGCAGGAUUUUUAGCUUUUUUGUUUUAUAAGCCUGGAAGCUAUGAGGAAAGGACAUGUAAUUUGUAUAUAGUUAUAAAUCAAGAAGAAAUUAUACUGAUUAUUGUUGUGAUCCUAACAAUUUUGCUACUUAUUCUUACAAUUUUAAUAGGGAUUCUAUGUAUUUUCCAUUUUUCUCUAUGCAUUACAGGAGAAACCACAAAAGAAAGAAUUAACAGGUCUAAAGGAUCAAAAAGAUGCCUACUUUGCCGAUACAGGCACAGUAGGUUUGAUUGAAAAACAGGAUUAAAGUAUGAACAAGUGAUUCUUUUGAAAGCCAAUUCUGUUGACAUUGAAAUCAGCGAAAGUGAGCAAAGCCCAGAAUAA